AUGAUGGGCCGCGUCAACGUCCAACCUCCCACAGAACCAGUCCCACAGAACCAACCAGUCCCACAGAACCAACCAGACCCACAGAACCAACCAGUCCCACAGAGCCAACCAGUCCCACAGAGCCAACCAGUCCCACAGAAACCAACCAGUCCCACAGAACCAACCAACCCCACAGAACCAACCAGCCCCACAGAACCAACCACAAAGGUCCCGAGGCUUCUUUGA